AUGUACCCUUCCCUCGGCAACUUCGAUCAUGGCCGUUCCCUUGGAGGCGGUAACACGCAUGGUCGUGGGGCUAGGAGUGGCAACUUCCCUCGCGACCUCUUCCGUUCUCGCGGUGGCCACAAUGAGCAUCCGACCAGUUCCGCCUGGCCCUCCCCAAGUACUAGGAGGAGUCUCGCGUCGACGUCGUCGACGUCGUCCUUUCGCCCGUGCACCCCACUCCUGCUUCGCCAAUACUGCUCCGCCUGCGUAUUCCUCACAGGUCUCUUUGUGGGCCCCGGCAAGGACAGGAAGACUGUCACUACCAGCCACGGAACGACCAGGAGGCGUACGUUUAUUGACGCGGACAAGCAGGUCGGCGCGUCCCUGUCGCUGCAGCAUAUUUCGUACACUGGUUACAAGGAGGCGGGGCUUUACACUCUCAAGAAGGUUGUGGCGUCUUCAUCUACCUCGACCUCCACUGUUUCGAGUACGUCGUCCAAGCCGUCAUCGACUCAAGCGACGUCGACCACGUCGACCACUUCGACCGCCCCGGCCACUUCGUCGUCUACCUCGUCUUCGGGAGGCUUUGUCACCACUUCGGGAACAAAGUUUAUGCUGGAUGGUAAACAUUACUGCUUUGCAGGAAUGAAUGCCUACUGGAUCCCCCAGCUCGUUACCGAGUCCCAGUAUGAUGCCACCUUUGCAUCCCUCGCAAACGCUGGCAUCAGGGUGGUUCGCACCUGGGCCUUUAGCAUGGUCACUUCGGUACCCAAUUACGACCUCACGUACUUCCAGGACGUGGCGUUUAUUGACAACAGCUCGGUCAACACUGGCUCCAACGGUCUCGGCCGCCUCGACCUCGCUGUCCAGUACGCCGCCAAGUAUGGUAUCAAGAUCAUUAUGACCCUCACCAACAACUGGGACGAUCUGGGAGGUUGCGCUUUUGACUCGUACAUCAACACCAUUGUCAACCGGUACAAGAGCAACCCUGCAAUCUUUGCGUGGGAGAUUGCAAACGAGCCGCGUAACGGAGGUACCACCGCCGCCAAGUCGGACUUUACGGUCGCCCAACUUACUCAGUGGAUCUCGGACCGCGCCUCGUACAUUAAGAGCCUCGAUUCGAACCACAUGGUUGCUAUUGGCGACUGGGCCUACAAUGGAAAUUCCGGCUUGGACUUCAACACCAACCUCAAGCUGUCUAACAUCGAUUUUGGCACCUUCCACAUGUACCCGGAGGCUUGGGGGGAGACGCCGGUCGAGGGCUGGGGAAGCAGCUAUAUUCAGGCCCACAUUGAUUCGAUCGCCGCUGUCAACGGCGGCGUUUCGUGGAUGCCGUGGCAGUUUGGCCCAGAUGAUCUCGACACAACUGCUGGCCAGGACAGCAUGGACCUUUACCCUAGCAAGGCGUCUAUCUGGUCCGCGGUCACCAGUGGUGCCGCCAGCAUGAACUCGCAGUGCCCUCUUUAA